AACGUGCUCUAUCACCGAGCGUGCCAUAUCACCGAGUGUGCCACUUUUUCUUGGCAUCGCGAACUUCACGUACGAAAGGCAAUGCCUCAACAACAGAACUCGAUACUAAUCCAGCAAGAAGGCCGAAUUAUUCUUGCACUUCAAGCCUAUCGUACGGGUCAGUUUAAAAGCAUUCGACUCGCUGCAGCAGCCUACAACGUCCAUCAUUAUCAGAUCUCUCGGCGGCUUCAAGGAAUCACCUUUCGACCUACAACACAGCCAAAUUGCCAGAAGCUAACUAAGUCUGAAGAGCAG